UCCCGCACCGCCACGCACCGCACAGCGCGCCCUGUGAUGCCGCAGCCGGCGAGUGCGGGCUCCGGCUGCUGCUGUCGGGUUACGGCUUCCUGGCCGGGGUGGUCUCGGGACGGAGCUGACGGGUGGACGCACACGAAGUAAAAGCUCCGGGGCUACGAGCCUGGAGGGAUAAGCCCGCUCCGGCCCCGGGGACUGCGCUCCCACCGGGGCACCGCCGCCACGCUCCGUGUGUCCGCAGGGCGCGGGAGAUGCGGCGGGAGGGCGAGCCCCGCGCCGGGACGCCCCGUCGCUGAGGCAUGCCGAGGAUGAGGCUGCUCCUGGCGCUGCUGGCCCUGGCCGCCCUGGGGGCCGCCGGCGCGGAGCGGGAGGCGGCGGAGGAGGCGCGGGCCGGGCGGUUCUCCACGCCCGAGCAGCACCGGUGCCGCUGGGAGCUGCGCUCGGCCGCGGCGGCCAGCGAGCUGCGGCUGAGCUGCCGGGCGGCGGGCGGCGGGGCGGCGCGGAGCUGCGCCUACCGCGGGGAGCCGCGGCUCUGCCCGGCCUUCGGCGCCCGCAGCCGCCAGUUCUGGCGGCAGAUCCUGUCCCGGCUGCGGCGGCGGCACCACCCCUGCGCCCCGGGAGCGCCGCUCAGCGCCCGCCUCUGCGGGCCGGGCCGAGCGCCGCCCGAGGCGCAGCUGCGCCUGCUGCCCGAGCCCGGCCCGGCCACGCCGCUGCCCGCCCCGGCGCCCAGCGAGGACCCGGCGCAGACCUACUGCGCCGAGCGGUGGCACUCGCUGUGCAGCUUCUUCGUCGGCUUCUGGGAGGGCUGAGCCGCUCCGGCCCGCGGGAGGGAGCGCGGCCGCCCGGCCCCCGCACCCGGACACUCCCGGCCUCGCCCGCCCUCAGCCGCCGCCGCCAAUGCCCCCGACUCUGUCUGCUCUCCUCUUUUACUCCCCAAUAAAGCGGUAACUAUUUUG